CUCAUCGUCAGUUGCGCUAGUUGGUUCUUCUGAAGAAUCAUGAAACUGGGUCAAGCAUUACUCAUUUUGGCAUCAAGCCUUGCCCUGCAAGCGAAGGAUCAGAACGGGGACGAGAGAUCCACACCAGUUCAAGGGAUCUCCGUGCUCACCGACGACAGGCCAGAUGUGAAAGCUCUUCAAGAAGGGCUCAUGGCAAGCCUUGGUCUCUCAUCCCACCCUGAUCUCUCAAAGCUGAACACGAGCCAAGAGGCGGUGCUCAAGGUGUAUUCCGAGUAUUGGUCAUCCCCAGGCGAGAAGAUCCCCAUAGGCGAGCCUCGUCUUUGGACCGUAGAGGCAUCAGUCGCACCCAAGAGACAUUCUGGAAGCAAGGACAGCCUCAUAGCGACCUUCGAUCUGGAAAAGAAAGCGGAGACAGAGGGGAUGGAUAUUUCGCUCUGGUUGGCUCGUCUGGCACACCUGAAACUGGAAGUAGAAUCGGAGAAAGGGAAACGUGGAUAUCUGACCCUCUACGACAAGACGAACUCCUCGAAAGAACAUCUGGAAACCAAGUGGAUCGAUAACGGCAGCCAGGGAUUCGACGUCACGGUGCCCGUGUCGCGACAUCUGGAGACAGCAGCAAGGAAAAUCGUAUUCUACAUACGAUGUCGUCGCUGUCGAAUACUGAGCUCGACCCUGGAGGUUCUUCUCAUCUCCGAGGAGCGAGGAUUGAAGCGGUGGAAGCGAGACUUGGCGGGAAUCAUGGACUGUCGAACGGACCGACGGCAACCAAAGUGCUGCCGAACCAAGAUGACCGUUUCCAUCAAGAAAAUCCCCCAGCUGAACUACAUCAUUCACCCCCUGGAAUUCGAGGCGUAUCGCUGCGAAGGCCGCUGCCCGCGACAGUAUAGACCGGCCCACAACCACGCCCUCGUCCAGGACUACGUUCACCAAGAGGACAAGAAGGUAGACAAGCACCCGGUCACCCCGAAGCCCUGUUGCGCACCGAAGACUCUCAAGGACCUAGAAAUAAUGUAUGUGGACGACAAGCACACUUUCCGCUCAGGAACCUGGAAGAAUGUCAUCGUCGAGGAAUGCGCCUGUUCCUGAAGCCUAUUUCAUCGUUUUCCUUGUCUGGUGCAAACAGAGAUUCCCGUCUCUAUAAAUUUGACUUCGUAUCUCAGAAUCUAGUCAACUUCAUCUUGCUGUUUGAUGUCGACUGAAUGUCUAAUGGGUGCAUUUGAAUCGCGUUUUCGACCUCAUCCUUUGGAUAUGCUUCCCGUUUAGAUCACGUAGUAGAAAAGUCUUCCGUCACAACCAUGUUUGAAUGCUCGAUCGCCUAGUUGUGAUACGUGAGAAUUUUCGUCCCUCUGCAUGCAGAUCCCACCCAAUGAUGUGAUCAAUCAAAUUCCAUUUCUAUGUGAUGUUUAUAUUUAUGAGCACUGAACUACGACCGCGGUUUUUCCGAUUUGGGAAUGGAAAUAUUUUCAUAGAUGGAGG